AUGGAUUCAGCAACCAAUUCUAUCUUCAAUUCCGUGCGGAACUGCCCCUGCAUCUCAAGGUAUGAUAAGGGAGAAGUAGACGUGGAUAAUGACGACUAUUUUGAUGUUUACAACGCUAAUAAGGAUGAGGAAAGGUUAAAGGAUGACUGGCGGUGGUUAAGUAUUCGAUGUGAACGAAGGUUGAAUGAAAAACUUACUUCUUGCCUCUCGAAUAGACUUCAUAGACUCCCUUCAGCAUAUAAAGAGAGUACAGCAACACCAGAGGACUUUGCUAGUUUUGUUCCUCGGAUUAUUAGGGAAUAUGCUUGCUCCAUUGACGAACAGGUGCUGGAAUCUGGCACCUUUCAAAUCCAAGCUACAUCGCCAUUGACACAGAUACGAACAUCAAUAGUACCCUCCGUGGACUUGACACCAAUAUUCGAAGGGUAUGCACCAGUCGUAUUCUGUGACGUUAGUGGAUUCACUUCUCUGGCCGAAGCUGUUGAAGACUCUGGAGAUCCAGAUGCCGCUGCCACUUUGGGUAAAUGUCUGAAUGAAUUUUUUGAUCCACUCAUUAGCAUAAUAUAUCACUGGGGAGGCGAUAUAAUGAAGUUCUCCGGAGAUGCAGUCUUAGCGGUAUGGAAAGGACACGACUUGUCAAACGAACAAAUGUCUCUUCUAGCAUUAAAAUGUUGUCACGAACUGCACAAAGUAUUACAUGAGUUCCCAUCUGGGAUUGAUGGAAGAACAUUAUCGAUGCAUAUCGGAGCAUCCUUUGGAAAAAUAUCAAUUUUUAACGUUGGAGGUGUGAUGAACCACUGGGAAUAUGUAAUAUCCGGCAUACCUCUAAGGGAAAUUGCAAUCGCAGAACCUCUGGCUGAAUCUGGAGAAACUGUCAUUUCAGCUUCUAUUUUAAAAUGUGCAGAAACAGAAGUGGAAGUUACACCAAUAGAUGGUAAUACGGAGUAUUAUGUACUCAAAUCCGUGAAGCCACUAUCAAAUGUAUUAGGUAUGAAUUACGGAGAAUUUGUAUAUGCUAAUGAACAUGAUCUCAAUCGUUCAAGGUAUACAACAUUUUGUAUGACAGAAUCGAUAUCUAAUGACGAAUUAACACCAAAAACAAACAUGCACAGUGAUAUUUCUGGAGAAUCAACUCAUACCACUCUGCAAGAUAUGCGUACUUUAUCAUAUAUGGAUUACGGUGCAGAUUUGGAUGUCAGGACCAGUCACGUUCCUAUAUUUGGAAGAUAUAUGCCAGAAUAUAUCUAUAAUAGGCUUAUUUCGGGCUAUAAUAUCUUUCAUAAUGAAAUGCGCAACCUUACAACAAUUUUUGUAUCCGUAACCAACUUUGAUAUUUCAUCACUAAAUGGAAGAGAUGUGGCACAGCAAAUCAUGGUAGUAUGUCAAAAGGCUACAUAUGCUGUUGAAGGUGUUGUAAAUAAGCUUCUAGUGGAUGACAAAGGUCUAAUGAUCCUUAUUUUCAUGGGAUUCCCUCCAUAUUACCAUGUUGAUGAUCCCGUUCGCUCUGUUUUCGUGGCAUUCAAAAUAGCAAGUAGUUGUAAAAGAUUAGGUCUUGAUGUGGGCAUUGGAAUAUCAACCGGAAGGGUGUGGUGUGGAACUCUGGGCAAUGAUUUGCGCAAAGAAUAUACUGCACUUGGAGAUCAUGUUAAUCUCUCUUGCAGAUUAAUGAGCAUGGGAAUCAAACGUUCAUAUGAGGCAGCUAAAAACGAUAGUGAAAACGUCAAAAAGUUCACACAUCCGAUAUUUGUAGAUGAAAACACUUACUUAAUAGCUCAGAGCUCCCUAGGGUUUGAAUACGUCGAUCGUAUAAAGUUGAAGGGUAAAGACAAACUAGUGAAUAUUUACACACCAACUGGGAAAGUAGUUCGAGGAAAAGAGAGACUUAAAUCUCCCCUGGAAAGUUGGAAGAGUUGGAAAAUGUAUAAGGAGGUUAGUGACAAACUAGACCAAUAUGAAUUAUUACGAUAUGGCGGUAUUAUGACCAUUUUUGGAAACGAAGGAAGCGAAAUGCAAGCCUACCUAAAGAGAAAACUUGAUCCCUAUAUUCCCACGAUUUCUGUAUCGACUAUAAGGGAUUCUGAAAUAUCAAUAGCUACUGAUUCCAAAACUAUCUGGAAAUCACUAUGUACCGAACUUGUGGAUAAAUGGGCAUCCAGUGAGCAUAGAAGGAAAAUGCUCACCCUUCAUAAUAGACAGUAUUAUAAAAGUCAUAAUUGUGUUUCUAAAAAGGGAGUAACAGCCCUUGUGAAGGAACUCUUGGAUCCAUCCCUCCAUUGGAACAUGGGAGUAAUCAGCCAUUUGAUUGAUGGCCUUGAGAGUGAAUCAACAAUAGCCCUAAUAAAGGGGUUGUCCAACAAAUACAAGAGAGCUAGCAGGCUUUCAAGUACCCUAAAAAACAUAUUGGGUAUGCAUGAAAAUGCUGAUUCUGAAAUGGAAGCCACAUUUGAUGACUCCAAAACAUCUUCAUUUUCCGAUGCAGAAAUUGCUCUUCUUGAGAGGUCUCUUUUGGAUGAACCAAUUUCACCAUUCAUAUUGUCAAUGAUACAGGGAUUUUUAAUGCACGAAAAGCUAUGUAUAAUUUUAAACAUGCAGAGAGGAACAUCGGUUGAGUAUACAAUAGAUGAUGAAUCAUGGAAUAUAGUUUUAGAUUUAGCAAGGCUUGCAACUGACGUACGAAAACAGGUAGAGGCAAAUUGUGGAUCUACUAUGCCUAUCAUAUUCAUUCUUAUCGCACCAAAUGCCUAUUUUUUAAGGGCCAAAGACCUCCUGGAAAUCGCUAAAGAGCGCAAUUCUGUGGUGAAAAUGAAACGUUUAAACAAAGAGGAGACAGGAGAAUUAAUUUCUCACUGUCUAAAUGUUGCAGAUAUACCAGACGAACUAGUCGAACAUAUUUACACUAAUACUUCUGGAAUGCCCCAAUUUGUUUGUAAAAGCGUUCAGAGGCUUUUAGAUGAAGGUCACAUUAAAAUUUCUACCGAAAACCAGGAUGCAUCAAUGGAAUGGUCUCCUGAGUAUCUCAUUUACUCCGAACCUGUAAAGGCAAGUGUAUCUGUCAAUCUAGAAAAUGUUACGUUCAUAGACGAGAUGCGUUCAUUUGCAAUGACUAAAAUUGACAGAUUACAACCAAAUGAACUUUUCAUUGCAAAAGUUGCAAAUAUGCUGCCAGAACCAUUUUCAGCAAAAAAUCUGCUGGGAAGAAAUCCAAAGAUGUUAGAUGAUGCAGUUUUCAUACAAAUAGUUGAGUCACUUCUCAAUUAUGAAGUUCUAGAAAUUGAUGGCUCAGAGAAUAUGGAUGUAUCUUUGCAUACAAAAUUGAGCAUUGACUCCUCUGUACAGUUUAAAAUAGCGAAUAUGGCUAUUAAAAGCGUAAUUUCCGAACGAAUUUUGGAAGAUGAAAGGACAUGGAUCAAAGAACACUUUGUAUAA